AUGUGUACAUUACUUUUGGUGGGCCGGUCGAGGAAUGGAAGAAGUUCGGUCAUUAAUUCAAUACUGGGACAAAAAAUGCUGUUCAAAACAAGAGUGCCUUCAGAAGUGACAAGGUUAACAAAUGAAAUACACAAUAAUGAUGAGUAUGUUGUUGUGGACGGCUUGGGUAUUGGAGAUAAAGGUGCUGAAAUGCCAGGUGAUAUGUCCUCCGUCGUACUCGCAGCAUGUGAAGUAUUACUAAUCAAAAAUAAUAGUCAAGAGGGAUUAAUUACAAGAAAAUUCGAUAACCGACCAACUCUUUUACACAGGUGUGGCUUCGAUGCCCUGAUAUUUGUGCUGAAAUAUAGCUUCAGGUUUACCAAACAAGAGAAGGACGCCGUGCAAAUGGUCAAGUCUAUCUUUGGAGAAAAUGUGUUCAGAGAUUGGGGGAUUUUAGUUUUCUCUUAUGGGGACUGUUAUGAAUAUGAUUAUCAAGAAAGUAACAAGACAUUUAAAGAUGUGUGCAUGAAAAAAAGAGGCGAUAUAAAAGCACUAUUUGAAGAAGUAAGUUACAGGUGUGUCCUCUUUAACAAUAAAACAAAAGAUAGAGAUAAAUUAGAACAACAACGCAGGGAAUUAUCAAACAACAUUCAAGAACUCAAG